AUGGCCUCAUCUCAGGGGAAAAACGAACUGAAAUUGGCCGACUGGAUGGCAACUCUGCCGGAGAGCAUCCACAGCAUCCCCCUGACCAAUUUAGCCAUCCCAGGAUCUCAUGACUCCUUCAGCUUCUACAUUGAUGAAGCCUCUCCAGUUGGUCCUGAACAGCCAGAAACUGUCCAGAAUUUUGUGUCUGUGUUUGGAACUGUAGCCAAAAAGCUCAUGAGGAAAUGGUUAGCCACUCAAACAAUGAACUUUACUGGUCAGCUGGGAGCUGGAAUCCGUUAUUUUGAUCUUCGAAUUUCCACCAAGCCCAGAGACCCCGACAAUGAACUCUACUUUGCUCAUGGUUUGUUCAGUGCCAAAGUCAAUGAGGGCCUUGAGGAGAUCAAUGCUUUCCUCACAGAUCACCAUAAGGAGGUCGUAUUCUUGGACUUCAACCAUUUUUAUGGGAUGCAGAAAUAUCACCAUGAAAAACUGGUCCAGAUGCUGAAAGACAUCUAUGGAAACAAAAUGUGCCCAGCAAUCUUCGCCCAGGAAGUUAGUUUAAAGUACUUGUGGGAGAAGGACUACCAAGUCCUGGUCUUCUACCACAGCCCAGUGGCUCUGGAAGUGCCCUUUCUCUGGCCUGGGCAGAUGAUGCCGGCGCCCUGGGCCAACACCACAGACCCUGAGAAACUGAUCCAGUUUCUUCAGGCAUCGAUCACUGAGAGAAGAAAGAAGGGCUCGUUUUUCAUAUCUCAGGUGGUGCUGACCCCCAAAGCCAGCACUGUGGUCAAAGGGGUGGCAAGUGGCCUCAGAGAAACUAUCACUGAAAGAGCUCUUCCUGCCAUGAUGCAGUGGGUCCGCACGCAGAAACCAGGAGAAAGUGGCAUCAAUAUUGUCACUGCCGAUUUUGUAGAACUUGGUGAUUUUAUCAGCACUGUCAUAAAGCUCAACUAUGUCUUUGAUGAAGGAGAAGCCAACACUUGAUAGCACUAUUUGGAAUGUCCAUGAAUAUGAUAGAGGAGAUUCAUUGUAUUAGGCAUAUAUCUGUAAACACUCUGAUCUUCCUAUUCCACUGAGUCUUGGAAGAGAUUAGGGAUGGUAGUGGGUGGGAAAAGGGGGAAACCAUUUUUUCAGUGAUUGUAAUCAUAGUCUGUAUUACUAUAAAUAUUUCAUUUCCCGUUUGAUGAGCAAAAUCUACUUCUAGUGAUAGGGAUAAAAAAGAUAAGUGAAUUUUCUUUUUCAGAAUUAGUGUUUGUAAUGUACGGAGUGUUUACUUGAUUGUGUUCUCUAAUUUCAACCUAAGGCUUCUACACUGUGUGUGACCUCUAACCUUUCCACUCCCUCGCUUGCUCUUUUCAAUCAAACGCUGUAUGGGAUUCAAACCAAUUUGAUGCCUGACGUUAUGUGUAUUCAAUUGUCGUAUUGAAAUUUAUUUGUUUUGUGGGACUUGGUAUAAUAUUCUGUAGUCAUCUGCAAUUGGGCAAUCAGAGCUUAACUUUUGGUCAUAGAAAACCUGCCUCAAAUCAAUUUUCCUGCAUCAGUAAUAUUUGAGGCCAUAAUCAGUGAUUUUUGUGUUACAUGAAAAUAAUAGUGUUUCAUAGUAUUUCUAUUUAAGGCAGCUAGAGAAUAAACACUUUUUUGAAAGAACCAUGAAUGCCAACUUCAUAGUGAAUAAUGGCUGGAGAUGAGGGAUGUGGAUAGCAUUUUGAUUCAGUGAUCUCUUAGUAUUGCCCUGCAAAGGUCCUGUCAAUUACAAAGUACAGCAAGUGUUUUAAAAUCCAACACCUUGAAAAGCACUCUUACAAAAUCCCUCUUAACAUUCUCUUGAUAAAACAAAUAAAGGAAAGGAAAAAAAGAAACAACUGACAAGCUGCACAAGCUUUCCUACCAAACUGAGA